UGCCGUUUGAGCUGAACCACUUCAUACUCUCCGAGCCCAGGAUGAUUGCGCUUACUCCCGAGAGAGUUGUGUGACUGGCAACAAACAGGCGGCGGUGACAUGCGUCGCAUUAUACUGAUGCCACGGUAGGUAUGUAUGCACUACGAACAGCGGGCUGGCCACUCGGGUGUCUAUGAGUGGAUUGAGACCGGAUUCCACAUUGCAACGUCUACCGUCGAGAAGUGCGGCAACGGUUCUUCAGCGGCUUUUCACCACUCAGACAUUGCGCCUCUCGGCAUGUUACGGUACGGGUGAUCUGCGGGUUCACGUAGAGAGGACUUCCUUUCCGUUCUGAGGAUACUCUGGCAGCAAAUGGACUCUUAGAUGCGUAAGGAGUGGACCUUCGGGCCAUGACAGCACCGUCAGCUCUGCUCCAGCUAGAUCGGACUGUCCAAGAGAUCCGAGCGGUGCAUGAAGAGCUACUGAGGCGAGACGGGUGUAGCGACCGGUCUCUCAUCCUUCCAGGCCAACCGGUUUCCUCACUCGCGCUUGCGGACAAGCAAUCUUUGCGAACCCCUCUUGAGCGUGACCCGGAUCGGGGUAGGAGGGUCGGAUUUAACUGCUUCCUCUACCUGCUCUUGCUUCUGUUGAUGGAUGCUCGGCUCGGCUUUUGCGGCGCAUGGUGAGUGAUCAGAUGCUGGUAUCAUGGAGGAGAGCAGGAGGGGUACGGCAAAGGCUACCGUGAUACGGUAGGCGUAGUAUGCAGCACUCAUGGUUGCGGUUGACGUGCGCGGAUGAUGUGCUUCAAGAUGGAAGGGCAACAAGCUCACCGAGAAAGAGACAGCGAACAAUUCAAUGGUUCCGAUAAAUAUCUGUCAAGGAGCUCUCAAGCAGCUUCAUCCUGACGCCACUUUCCCCACCCACAUACCUGCAGCUGUCUACAUGUA